AUGGCCAUGAAGCCCAACCAGGAUCCCAGCCUGGAAGCCCCAGGUGAGUCGCACCCCGGGACCCCAGGCCCCCCAGACAUAGGUGUAGACUGGGUGCGAGGGAAGCCCACCAAGUCCUACUCUCUACUCUUGAAGUUCUGGUCUCUCCAUGCAAGCAGGGCUCCUCGCCAGCUUCUGAUUCAGGAGUCAAUUCUGGAGCAAGUCUUUGACCCCAUCUUUCUUCUCCCUGGUGCUAAGGCUCUGGUUCUCCCCACAGGCCAACUGGGUGAAGGUAAGUCCCUGACUGGUGAGUCAGAUGAGAAGGAACUACAGUGGAGCUCAGCACCCCCGAUCCAGAUGUCCUUGAGAAAGGGGACCCCUCAGCCAUCUGCUGUCUCUAUAGAAAAGCAGUCUUCAGUGCCUCCUGGAGAAAGGGCUAGCACAGACGCUGGAAAAAAAAGCCAGGCCCCCGACUCAGGGGAGCCCCAACCAGACAGACGUCAGACCCUUAGGAGAUCCCAGCCCCAGGAGAAGAGUUGUACCAACUCUGAGGGACACUCUACAGCCUCUGAAAAACAGAAAAAAACAAGUUCUGAGGCCUCUCCCAGCAUCUCUCACCUAGUCCAGUCCUCAUCCAGCUCAGCACCUUGCAGAUCCAGCUCAAGUGGGGGGCCUUGCCAUCUGGCCAAGCUCCUCAACUCAUUGGACCAAAAGAACCACAAAAAUUUGGUGCAGAAAAAGAGGCCUCCGGAAGUGAAUUGCCCAAUCCGGAAAAAGACUCGAACCCUCUACCGCUCAGAUCAGCUUGAGAAGUUGGAAAGCCUGUUCCAAGAAGACCACUACCCUGAUGGUGAUAAGCGCAGGGAGAUUUCCCAGGCUGUGGGAGUUACGCCCCAGCGCAUCAUGGUGUGGUUCCAGAAUCGCCGGGCAAAAUGGCGCAAAGGGGAAAAUCUGACUGGGGCCGAGAACAAGGAGAGUUCUGCAGAACUUGGCCCCAGUACAACCAGCAGUCACUCCAGCUCUGUAGCAGAACUCCCAGCCACGGUGCCUGCGGAUCCAGAGCCCAGAACCUUCCCUCAGAAGGCGCUUGUGAACCCUGUGGAUGUCCAUCCAGAGCCCCCACUGCUCUUGACCUCUGACCAGAUGUUGGCCCCUCCCCAGCAGAGAGAGGAUGCUCCAGUAGCAGUGGUGACCCCCCCACUCUUCAGUCCUCCACCUGUUCAUAGGGCCAAUCUUCCUUUUCCCCAGGCCCCCCUCCCACUGUCACAGACUUUGUCUCUGCUGCUAGAUGCUGCUGGCAGUGACAGUGGUCACAAUGAUGGCCUCUGUGGUUCCUGGGGAGCCAGCCUCAUGCCUCCACCCACCUACUCCUAUUUGGAAGCACUGGAACCACAGGAUUAUCCACCCAACAACCAGCUUGGACCCUUAGAGCUCCUUCCAGUGCCACAGAACCAGCUCUUCCCACCCUUGCAGUUCCCAUCCUCAUGCCUGCAUCCCUUUUCCUUCCCCAUGCCUGCAACCCUGAUGCCACCUCUGCAGGAAGAACCCCUGGUAACAGAGCAGCAAGGUUCUGGGGGGUACACAGCGCAGGGCUAUUUCCCAGGCUCCUCAACAGGGCAGCUUCUACAGCAGACCCCAACUGGAAAUCUAGGUGCACUGCCCUGGAGUGAUCCUGGCUUGCCAGAACUGUCAUAUCCAGGCCCCUUCUGCCCACCAGUUCUGGGCCAGCCCCUGAGUGGGGAGAGCUGCUUCCAGGAGCUAUUUCAAGCUCCAUUGCCACCAGGUCUGAGCAAACAGCCCUCACAGGGGUUCAACCAGCUAUCAGAAGAGGCCAGACUGGAGACUACACCUUUACUUAGCAAGGUGCCAGAAGAGUGGCCUGGUACCUUGUGGGAGAAACCUCUGGUCCUAGAGGAGGGAUUAGAUGACAAGAGAAGCCGUGGCCCCUAG